AUGAGGAUCUUCGUCCCUGCUGUCUUCCUGGCAGCAUGCAGCAUGCUCACAGCUACUGCUGCACCAGCAACCGGAACGGGAGAAACCACCGAUGUAGCACUCGGCUCCGAGACCAUCACCCUCAACCUAGGCCACAACGGCAUCAACGUCGGCGACAGCAAGACCCUCUACCACGACGUCAACAAAGCCCUCGAAGAGCUCUGUUCCGAAAACUACUGCCUGGACAGACCCGCUUCAUUCUCCGUCUCAGUCGUAGAGUCCACCUCGCGUCCCCCGUACCAGAGGCGCCGCGUCAAGGCGACAAUCAGCCUCCACGUCCUGAUGGCCGACUGGGGCGGCCACACCGACGUCCGCAAGGUCUUGAGCAAUACCAUCGCCGCGGCAUUCGAGCGCGGUACCUUCGACCCGAAGAACUGCUACAUGAACCGGAUCAAGGGCGACAAGAUUCAGCAUUUUCGGGACUGCAUGACGACGGACUAUGCCGAGGUGCUUUUGUCGAAUGGAUAUAAUAUGAACGUCUUGUUUGAGGGUCCGCAUAGUACGGCGAAGGGGCUGAACUAUGACUGUAAGAGGGAGGUUGAUGAUAUGGACUCGUUCUUGAAGAACGACUUGCCGUGGAAGCCGAAGGGUGCUGACGUCAAUUGUAUGCCGAAGUAG